AUGAAAAAAUUCUCGCUGAAGAAAACAGACACCAAUAUCAAUAAUAACAACAAGGAAAAUCACCGUAGUGGCAAUGCCUCACAAGAGGGAAAAGUUAGUAAAAAGCUAGGUAUGGCCAAGUUUUCUAUGAAAAAGGCUAGGCGUGAUCCACAACCGCCUGUUCCCGCCGUUAAACCAUCUGUGUUCAACGAGGAGAUCGAGGACCGUUCACCACAAAUAGAGAAAGAGGUCGUUUCCACAACAGAAGACGUCUUUGCAAAAAAGAGUAAAAAACCAGGCGUGUCGGAUAGAAUAGUCCCCGAUGACAAUAGUAACUUAGAGAGUGCAAAACUUGAACAGCUUUUCAGGGAACUUGCUAGCGAAAACGAGGGAAAAUCCAUUUCCCCUCAAAAGGGUGGCACUCUUUCCCUCUCGAAAGAGCCUGACGCUGAGACAUAUGCUCGUGUUCCCAUUUCAGGCUUUGGCGAUGCCCUAGUCAGAGGGAUGGGGUGGAAUGAUGACUGA